CACAGAGUAUCUCUCCCCCUCCCUAGGGACAGCUAAAGAGGGGGGCGGGGAUCCAUAAGCCCGAAAUGUUUUUGUAUGUGUGUAUCUGAGUGAGUGUGUGUGCACACAUUUGAAUAAGGUUAACAGAAGAGGUGUACUCUUGGAAAGGGUGCACUUAUUUGUCUCACACAGGGCCUCACAGUUUGGGUUGAAAGCAAAGAAAAAAAAAUAAAAAAAUAAACCUGCAUGUUUUAUCCAGUUACAUUAAAUGUUCACAGGAACAGAGGGGGUACCUCCCCCGUCUAUCUGUCACGCUGUCUGCCCUUGCAAACCUUCUGCUCAUCUCUCUUUUGAUUAUUAACUUCCUGGGAUACAGAAACCAGUUUAACAACUCUCUUUUAAUUCAGCACAGGAGAUAGUGGCAGGCAGUAAGGUGUGAAUGUCACUUAAUUGGACGGUGUGAUAUGUAGCUGUGCAUUAAUGGACUAGCACCUAACAAAAAGCUCAGCAAAUCUCAACAGACACAGUUUUGCUUUCUUGGAAUGCGGAGACGUUUGUCUGUCAUCAGAACCAUCUUUAUGCAGUUUCCAGGCUGGUUGUACGCGCUGAGUUUGACUGUAAUUAUUACAGGCAUCUGUUCUUCUGUCUGCAUUCAUGACUCUGUUCAGAGAGAGACUGUAGUGGUGUCCCCUCCAAUUAUCCCUCCCCAUGCCUCUCACUUACAUCUCCGUGAUGUCCACCGCACCCCUUUCCUUCCUCUUAGAAUCACCCCAUGGUACCUUCCAGGAGAAAGUGUUCUGCUUACUCCAACCGAGAGCAAAAAAUUGCAAAAGGCUAUCUUAGACGUCACCAGGACUGUUUCCAGUGUGCUCUCAGGUAAGAGAUUCCAGGGCCCAGGAUUAAAUAAGAGGAAAUAUGACUGUAGUAAUAAAGAAGUGCUAAUUAUAAGUGUAACUAAUCAUUUACAGAACUCAGCAUGAAGGCAUGGCAGAGGGUUUCUAAGUUACUUGGUAUAGAGGAGCAGGAUACAUUGUGAGCACUCAGGGACAUGUACUACUAUGAAGGUUGUAGUAUUUAUGUUUUUACUACUAUGAAAUAUUUUAAAAUAUACAAUCCCCAACUUGCAUAUUUUUGUGUAAAUAUUGGUAACCGAAUUUCAGUUUAUUCAUUAAAUCCCAUAAUCGAGACAUUUCUUUGUCUUUUGUAGUGCAUAGGGUGGAAGGACCACUUCUGCUGAACAGAGAUAUUGAGAAAUUCUGUCAUUCUGUCUGGCGAAAUAGUACACUUCCUAACUAUAACAAGUGAGUAAAUGUAUUAUGAUUUCAAUUUUUUAAUAUUACAUUAUGUUUGCCUCUUUAAAAAGCUGUUUUUGUAUCCCCAGGUGUGGAUCUUUAAAUAAGUCUUAUCGUGGAGAAACCUGCUUAGAUAUCAUAGUAAGUGUGACGUAAAAUAAGAUUUAGAAUUCAGUGGUCUCCUUUGCCAUCUUGUAACUAACUGGACCCUUAAUUUCCUAGAUACCUGAUUCUCACCUACGAGGAUUUGAAGUGUGGCUAGAGUUGGGUCAGGAGCCAAGUGUUGUAACUCCAGAUGGAGCAGGAAUUCCAGGUACAGACUUCCUGCUGUAUGUCAGAGUGGCGCAAACAGAAAAAUGUGCAACACAGGUUAGUAAACAAUGUAUCAAAGCAUUGGUUUGUAAAUGCCAAUAGUAUUUAACAUAAUAGGUCGAGGUUUAUUUAAAAGCAAUGCUAAAUUAUUGCAAAAAAAAAAAAAUAUGUAAAUGCACCUUCAUAUCUAAAAUGGAUGUGAACUAAGGAAAUCAGAUUGUAGAAGUUGUAAAAUAUGUAAGACACUCAUACCCCCAGUGAGAAAGCGUGUGGAGGGAUUAUAAUAAUUUACCUUUAUACACCUUCCAAUGUAAUAUAUCAAGACUCUAAAUCUUCAUAAGUACAACCACAAAACAUCUACAAAUAUAAGACAAAAUAGAGCAGUAUUGUAUGUACACGUACACACACUAUAAAAUAUUUAUUUACUUGUAGGCAUAUCUCCCAUAAUUCAGCCUUCUCCCAAUGAACCGAACACAUAAAACUAGAAAAUACACAAACACAUGCAAAUACGAAAACACAUUUUAACAUAAAUUGUCCCUGAAAAUGAAACUGCAGUCAAGAAAUAAAUAUAAAAAAAUGUGCUGGUCGUUUUUGAAAAGGAGUGACUUUUUAUUUGCCCUGAAGAGUUUUGAAUGAAUCAGACGAAACGCGAGGGCUGCAAUUUCUAUUUCAUUUUAUAUUUUUUAUGUGAUUUUGGGUACAUUAUUUUUUAUUCUUUUGGAAAGAAAAGUGUAAUUCCUGUGCCUGGUUCUCCUGGACCGUGGGGUUGGAGCUUUUGAUGACUGAUUAUUUUGAUGUGCCUUUAUCCACUUGUUAUCCUGUAAGUGAAAUUGAUAUUAAAGUGGGUCUUUGUAUUUGGCAAUCCUGCACUAUGUGUUUGCCUCUUCUAGUUUUAUGUGCUCAGUUCAUUGGGAGAAGGCUGAAGAAUCUAUGUACCCAGUCUUGAGAAAUAUGCCUACAAGUAAAUUAUUUUUGUGAGUGCAAUAAUCCACAAGCUAUAAAUUUGUGUACAUACAAUACUACUCUAUAGUUGUAGAUAUUUCUUUUUAGAAGUUGUAAAAUACAUAUCCACUGGUUCUGUACAUAAAUAAUUUCUACUCUUGUAAUUCAAACAAAGUUCAACUGUUUCACUAUGAAAUUGCCAUGUGGGAAGAAAUUGACCUCCGUAAAUCUAGUAAUUUGAUGUGGUAGAAAUGUUGUAAUCUAAUAUUAGUGGUCUUACAUGCUCCCAAUUUGAGCCGGUACAGUCCAUAAUUAAUGUCCGCCCACACUGCUAUAUAAAUAACAACAUAUUUAUUUAUAAAAUAUUUUACCAGGAAAGAUACAUUGAGAUUUCUCUCGUUUUCAAGUAUGUCCUGGGUCCACAAAUCAUUGCAUUGUUACAUUAGGUACAACAAAAUACAAAAACAAUAUUAAUACACAAUAUAUACAAAAUUUAACAUAGAACAGGUAGGAAAUAUAUAAUCAACCAUGACAGGUGCAUUCUGUUUUGAGGUAUGUAGAGAGGGAUCUCUUAAAUGACUUUAGGCUUAGGGAAGAUUUUAAAUUGUGCGGGAGGUCGUUCCACAAUUGUGGUGCUCUAUAGGAGAAGGAGGAUCGGGCCGCUUUCUUUUUGUAUUGAGGUAGACUAAGUAAAGUCUUGUACUGGAUCGGAGCUUAUAGAAAGUGGGAACAGCUGGGGAAAGCAUUUUGUUCAGGUAGGGUGGGAGUUUCCCAGAAAAGCUCUUAAAAACAAGGCUGGAAAGAUGAAGGGUGCGUCUGGAUUCCAGCAAUAGCCAGUUUAGUUCCUUUAGCAUGUCACAAUGGUGGGUCCUGUAAUUACAUUGUAGCACAAAUCGGCAGAACGAGUUAUACAAUGUGUUGAGUUUAUUGAUGUGGGAUUGGAUGCAGAUGCAUAUACUACAUCCCCAUAAUCAAUGAUUGGCAUCAGCAUUUGCUGUACAAUCUUUUCCUUUACUGUAGGGCUUAGGCAGGCUUUGUUUCUGUACAGGGCACCUAAUUUUGGAUAAAGUUUAGAUGCAAGCUUUUCUAUGUGCAAGCCAAAAGAUAGAUUGGGGUCUAAUAUCAUACCCAAGUAUUUGAAAGAGUGGACUUGGGUGCCAUUUGAAUUUGUUUUGAUGGAUAGGUGGGAAUAUUAAUAAUAAUAAUCUAAACUAACCAUGGCAACUAACUUUUUGUGACAGGAACACAAGCAUUUUUACAUGGUAGUAGGUUAAGUUACCAAAUUCUUCAAAACGCCUUUAUUAGUAAUGUAAUGUAAUUUGUAAUGUAAUUUGGGUAGUAGGAAAAUAUUAUGUACAUGUCCAAGCUAUAAGGAACUACUAAAAUAGCACCCACACAAGUGAGCAAAUAGUAAAGAACAUAUUACUGCUGUUCUCUAUAUAAAUUAGACUGGUUCUUUUUCCCCCCACACAUUGCUGCUGAGAAGGAAGGUAGAAAAUCAAAGGUGUGGAAGUGUAGAGCAAUUUGGUAAUGAUGUGUGAACUACUUUAAUAUAUAUGAGUUGUUAUCACCAAGAAACUCAAUGUACACACAUAGCAGAAAUGAUUGAAACUAUAUUAAUAUUGAUAGCUCUGAUGUUUUCCUAAUCUAUAGGUGCACCGUUUACAACACACUCAUUAUUUUCUUAUAAAAUAAAUCCUCUCCAACAAAAUGAAUCCCCAAAUUCCAGGAUUUUAUAGAGUCUCUUUUUCACCAAAGCAAAUAUUUUAGCUCAUAUAAGAAUUCUUCUCCACUCAAACACCUUGUCAAUUUUCUUGAGUAAAAUUAAAGGGUUACUCCAGGCACCAUCACCACUUCACUGAUGUGAAGUGGCAUGUUGCCCGGAGUCGAUAUGCGCUGUGUUUUGCUUUUAAACACUGCACAUGCAGAGAUUAACCACUAAGUUGCCCCCUCUCCCCACCCCCCACCACUGACCCCCACCUCUGGCAGAGUCAUUAGCCAGCUCAGAACAGAUUUUUAGGAUGGAUGUAUAUUCUGUGCAAAAAUUUUCAUCUUACGGCACGCAGAAAGGUAGCAUGAUCCCCAAUUUGUGUCAUAUUCUUUCCGUUUGUUUUUAAGAGUGUAUUUUAAAUUCUUUAUUUUUUUUGUGCACAGAAUAAAAGCAACAUCACAUAGGCCCAUUAAGCCCCUUUAAGAGUGUGUUUAAUGUGCUUUAGGGGAUGUUCAAAGUUUGGGUCUUAUUUAUUUUUUUAUUACCUAAUCCUGAUUGAUGUUUUUUUUAUCGAGCUAGUUUUGAUGAAUCCUUGGUCUUCAUGAUAUCACAAUUAAAAAAAUAUUUUGAACCAGUGAUGUACAAGAUGUGUAAUUUAAAUGAUAAAAUCCAAAAUAAAGGAAUUUUAAUUUCAUGUUGCAGUACUAUAAACAGAGGAAAUAAAAGGGGGGGGGAGGGAGUAGAGUAAAUUAUUUUGAAAGGCACUAUAUAUUCCACCUUACUACAGUAAAGACAGUAUGCUGCAGAAGAUUGUGCACAUGUGUGAAUACGCCUUGGGAUCAAAGCAAUUAUAUGAAGAUAUUUGCCAGGACUUACCAAUAAAAGGUGCCCCUAUCCACACUUCCUUGGAAAAAUGUAAGCAUGGGACAAAAACAGGAAGCCAAAGUUGUAAAUAUAUGCGCAUAUGCAAAAUGUUCCGUGAUGCAUCCUUGCAUGGGUAGUCAUCUAAAUAUAUCAACCACUCAUUUAAAUUUUUAUUUACUUAAAGCUAAUGACAUUGGUUAUUGGAUUUAUGAUCCAGUAAUAAGGUUUACCAGGUACAAUACUUAUGUAUAUUCAAUACUGAGGUUUCAAGAUAAAAGGUUACUGAAUACUAAAGUUGCAAAUUGACAAUGGAAACGUAAACAUUUCUAUGUUACAUAUCAAAUUUAAGUCUUCAGUCAUUGCCUACGCUUCCUACUGUCAACUGGACCCCUUUGGACGCCCUCUUGCUGGAAUCAUUGUGUUUUGUCCAGAACAUUUGAAAGAAGAAGAAUAUCAACACAGUCACGUUGUGCAAGUAAGAUCACAAACACAAAAACGUACUGACUGUGCACUGUCCUAAAUUAUUUUCUCAUCUGCUCCAAUGUUUUCUAUAAUUGUCCAUGUCCACAUCUAUAAUUCUUUUACCCUCAAUAUCCCCCAUCAUAGGUUUCUCUCCAUGAGUUACUCCAUGCUCUUGGAUUCUCCAGAAAUCUAUUUUCACGUUGGAUAGACUGUGAUCUUUAUGACACAGGUAAGACCAACCAUUGCUAAUCUACUAGUGCAGGCACAGACAACCUUCGGUACUGCAGAUGUUUUGGACUACACCUCCCAUAAUGCUUUGUCAGCAUUAUGGGUGUAAGAGCAUUAUGGGGGACGUAGUUCACAACAUCUUGAGUGCCAAAGGUUGCUUAUCCCUGUACUAGUGCAAUAUGUUUUUCUACAAUCUUCUGCAUACCACCAGUGAUAUCUUAACUUUCAUCCUAUCAAGUGACCUAUUUUCUUUCAAAGAGUGGUUCAUGUUAUAGGUAAGAUUCAAGUUGAACUUAACGAUGGAAUUUGUAAUGCAUUAUAUAAUUAAUUACACAUAAAACCCUAAAAUACUCACUUUGUCCCUGGGUUAUAACCAGAUUAGGAAGUAGCUGACAUCUUUCAGUCAAAUAAACCAUCAGAUUUUCACUUGGAAUACUGAGCGUGUCCAAUAAAUCCCUUCUUAGGAGGGUUGUCUUGUUACUUGCAUGUCUACCAAUCCUAGGUAUCCAUGAUUGUAUACCCUUUAAUUUGGAGUAUAAAUUUUGUCUCAAAGAAACCCCUUACUCCUCCAUUGUGUAUGCAUGAGGCAAUCCUGUUCAAAAGAGACCGCCAAUUGCCAAAUUGAGAUACUAGUAAAUGGACAUAAUAGAUUAGCCAAACAAGUUUUACUUGUAUUUACAUACUAUAUUACAUCAUCCCUAUUCUUAUUAAAACGCCUAACAACAACCAUCUAAACAAGACCUUUAAUCAAUUCUAAUAACCAUCAUAUCGUAGCACUGUUCUAUCCUUAACAAGAAAUCUUUCUUCUGUUUUCCCCUCUUACACAGGAGAUAUUUGCUCAUCUCGUUCCCGCGUUGCAAAUACAGAUGAGAAUGGCCAAUUCCGGAUUUACACUCCUACAGUUAUGCGUAAAAUGGGAGAACAUCUGGGUGGUGGAAGUGUGGGUGCCCCACUUGAGAAUAAGGUGAUAAAUACAAGAAUGGUCCAUGUCAACCAACAAGGCAUAUUCAGUUUAUAUAGAUUGGUGGUUCUUAAAGGACCACUAUAGUGCCAGGAAAACAUACUCGUUUUCCUGGCACUAUAGUGCCCUGAGGGUGCCCCCACCCUCAGGGACCCCCUCCCGCCCGGCUCUUGAAAGGGGAAAAGGGGUUAAACUUACCUUUUUCCAGCGCUGGGCGGAGAGCUCUCCUCCUCCGAUCCUCCUUCUCUCCUUCCCGUCGGCUGAAUGCGCACACGCGGCAAGAGCUGCGCGCGCAUUCAGCUGGUCACAUAGGAAGGCAUUCAUAAUGCUUUCCUAUGGACGCUUGCGUACUCUCACUGUGAAAAUCACAGUGAGAAGCACGCAAGUGCCUCUAGUGGCUGUCAAUGAGACAGCCACUAGAGGAUUAGGGGGAAAGCUUAACCCAUUCAUAAACAUAGCAGUUUCUCCGAAACUGCUAUGUUUAUGAAAAAAUGGGUUAACCCUAGCUGGACCUGGCACCCAGACCACUUCAUUAAGCUGAAGUGGCCUGGGUGCCUAGAGUGGUCCUUUAACCUUCUUUUCCCAGAGACUCAAAUUACAUAUAUAAUGUUAGCUUCAUGACCUGCAUUCUAAAACAUUUGUGAUGCAUAUGCCAAUUGUAAUAUAGCGUAGCAACCCAUUUCUAGAAAUAGAAUAGGAGACAAUAUCUGUAAAGAGGUAUAAUCCAGUAUCGUUUCACUGAGCUAUAGCAUACAUGAAUAUAGUUACUUAAAGAACUUAACGUUCUGAUUUCUAAACAAUAUUCAGUGAAUAGUACAGUUUAUUGUGUGGUUGUCAAAAUUUGAUGUUUUGUCCUGCAGGACUUCCCACAUUCUGCUUCUUCGCACUGGGAGGCACGGGUCCUACAAGGGUCCACCCUGACAGCUUCACUCAGCCCACCUCAUCUCACACACCUGGAUAUUAUCACAUUGGCUGCCUUCAAAGACAUGGGAUGGUAUGGUGUCAAUACAAACAUCAUUGAUCAGCUGGUGUGGGGAAAAGGUGAGAGUCUUAUUUAACAUGGCAGAAAGUGCACUAACAAACAAGACAAAGACAGAUUCAUAACAACUAAGAUCCCCCCCUUUGUGAUCCUGCGAAGCUCUUUCACCUUUUCAAUUCUACAGACUUGCUAAAUGCUUUCUCAUGAGGCAUUGCCUGGUAAACAGUUCUGCUUCUGUCUUAUUUAAAUGCAUAUUUCAUGGUCAAGAAUAAUCACUGAUUUCUGUAAUGGACUGCUACAUGUCCCCAAAACACUGUGCAUUAUUCAAAUACAUAAGGAAACAUCCUAAUGGACCCUACUUUUUUUUUUUUUUUCUCUUCAUAUAACCUUAUAGAGCUGUAGGCUUACAGUUGACAUUUAUGCGUUUAAAGAGAAUAUACUUUUCCUUAUUUGUAACUAGUUUAAAAAUUUUGAUAGAGGGUGGAGCUUUGUGUGUAUACUCACCUUCUACAAUGUUGCAUCACUUCGUGAAGCGGCACACCACUGAUCCUCUGUGUUGGCCCUUGCGCAAUCACGAGAAUCAACACUGAGGUUGGCGGAAGCUGCUAGUGUGUUGGGCAUGCGCAUUAUUUUACAUGCACGACCAGGUAAUUGCAAUAGGUCAAAUGUUCAGGCGCCGCUAUCUUAGAAACUUUAAUAUAGCAGUGCAGAGAAAUGUUUACAAAUUCUUUAGUGAAAACUAUUUGAAAGAAAGGAAACAAAGAGGGACCUGAUAAACUUUAAAAAAGGAACAUUAAGCCGAUCCCAGGGAAAACAAAUGUCCGUGUGGGAGGGGAACUAGAGAUACCUUGGCUGGAACACGCUUUAAAAUUAAGGUUGUUAGUCCCUUCCUAAAUCUGACUUUUGCGAGGAGCAUCUCACAGGCUGCAUCUGAUGUGCUUUGCAGGAUUAUUCCUUGCUGUUCAUUUGUUGUUUCCAGGGCCCUAUUACUCAUAAUAAGCAGCCACCUAUAGCCUGGGUGCAGACAGGGCCUGAGCUCCAGCUCGGUUUGUGAGGGUGCCCUGAGUUGGCAGGGAGGUGAAAAGGUCUCCUUUGUUUGGCUCUGUGCCACCUCACUUCAUUGGGGGAGCAUUGUAGUCUACAUCUCUAUGAGGUGCAGAUGAUUUUAAGAGCUCUCUCAGCCCCUGGUGCUUCUCAAUUACUCAGAUCACUGCAACCAAAUACUAAAGGUAUAGAUAAGUUUUUCCUAAUUUUCUUACAUAAAUCUAUUUCCUUUCAAUAGUUAAUGAAAGGGUUAUUUAUUACAUACAAAACUAUAAUCCCCCUGAGGAAGGACAGCAAGGACAUUGUUCCUGACAAAGCACUUUACAGACUAUUUGAUCUAAGGAAGAUCUAUUCAGCUAAGACUUUUGUAUUUGGACUAAUCUCUUAUUUUAUUAUAUAUAUUUUAUUGGUCUAAUUUGGCGCAGCCUUUAUUUUUGUUUUCUCCUUGAGGUAUUGGUUGUCCUUUAAAAGAAUACUCCAGUGCCAGGAAUACAAAGCUGUAUUCCUGGCACUAACGAUCCCUCUGCCUCCCCCCUCCCCCGUGCUUCCUCCUACCCGGUAACUGAAGGGUUAAAAACCCUUUAUUUUGUUACCUUAUCCCAGCGCCGAUGUCCCUCGACGCUGGGUCGAAGCUCCCUCUGCCCCCUCCUCCUUCACGCGAUCAGCGGGGUCUAAUACGGAUACGCGGCAAAUGCGUGCGCAUUAGACCUCCCCAUAGGAAAGCAUUAAAUCAAUGCUUUCCUAUUGGGAAACAAAUCUGCCGCUGGAGGUCCUCAUGCAGAGCGUGAGGAUGUCCAUCGUCAGAUAACGGACCAAAGGUCCGUUGCGAUUCUGGAAGCCCUUUAGUGACUAUCUGGUAGACAGCCACUGUGGGCAUACUUAGAGCUGCAAUGUAAACAUUGCAGUUCUCUGGAACUGCAGAGUUUUCCAUUGCAGCACUAAGUGCAAAAGGGACACAGUACCCAGACCACUUCAAUGAGCUGAAGUGGCCUGGGUGCCUACAGUGUCCCUUUAAACUUCCUUCCUUCUACAGUAAAUUGAAAACGGUCUCCUCUUCUCUCUUCCAGGUGCUGGUCAUUCGUUUGGCCUUCCGACCAAAUGUAAUGAUACCUCUACUGGAUUCUUCUGCACAGGAAGGUAAUUGUGGGCACGGUCUCAGAUAUACUACAUGUCCUGUAGACCUAUUUUAACAUCAUCACUCUACCCUCAGUGAGAUUGGCUGCCAUCAUCUGCACUUGGACAAGGGUGUUUGCUCUACUGAUUCAUUCCUAGAAGGAUGUCGAAUAUACAAGCCUCUCUCAAGUGGAGUGAGUACCUUGCUCAUCCAUAGCAUUAUAUAUUAUAGUAACCCCAACUGCAUGCAAUAAUUUCCUGUACCAUGUGACUGCUCUAUAAUUAAACCAUAUUAUUGUAGGGUGAAUGUUGGCUCCCACAAAAAGAAAGGGCACAAGAAGAGAUAUAUGACCAGAACAGUCGCUGCUUCUUCUCCAAUCUGACAAAGGAAGUGAGAAAAUUAAAAUGUUGUUGUAGUCUUUUGUCAUCACUGAACACAGGAACAACAAUAUGGAAUAACACUGACCCAUACAAUGCCAUUCACACACAGCUUCUGACUUAUGUUACAGGGAGCACACCAGACAAAGGUCAAAGGUCGCUGCUAUCUACAUCGGUGCAUGGCUCCAAACAGUUUCCAGGUCAAAGUUCAAGGCUCAGAGUGGACAGACUGUCCACCUGGAGAAUGGAUACAGGUGAAUAAACCAUGAUGGCAUAAUGAACUGUUAACUAACAUUAAGCCUGCCAAACAAAUCAGCCUUUAAAGACUCAACAAAAAUAUAAAUAACUUUAAAUGGACAUUAUAAUGAUUUUUACUAUUCUAUUCACUAACAUUGAAAUAAGAAUGCAUAUACAUGUAGUAUAUCUAUUGUAAAGAGCUUUUAGAAGAAAAUUGAAAUAAGAAUGCAUAUAUUAGAAUAAUAAUCAUUGUGGUUUUUAUUUAACCAAAACUGCACAGAAAAGGCACAUGUAAAAAUGCAAAACUCACUGUUAGUUGCAUAGGUGGCAGACAUGCUAAUUAAUCACCUUCACUUGUAUACUCAUUUGGCUCUUGUAUAGUUUUUGCAGCAAACUCAUUAAAAUUAUAUAGAUCGCACCCCCGAGAGGGGAAAACAGCAUUACUAUAAAAAGCAGAAAUGGAAUAUUGAAAAUAUGUUAAUCACUGUAGAAUAAUUAACAUAGCAAACAGACUGUGUUUCAUGCUCUCUCUCUAAAGUGUAAAAGUGUUAAAAGCUAUAACUUAUCAUGCAACAAGGAAUAAUGCGCAGUCAACGAUGUGGUGGCACAUCAUUGGAUAAUAACAUUUUUUCUCUGCAGUGCUCCAGCCAGAUGUGUAGAAAAAUAUUCAAUUUUGAACUUUUGUUCGGUCAUUAUGUAGGUGCAAACUACAACAGAGAUCAUCAGUAAGACACUUGAAGUUCAGUGUUUGUACACUCAGCUUUGCAUAAUGUAGUUAGAUGUAUUCUUUUGCCGUUUUAACUGAAAUAUCCAGGUAGUAGGCGUUCUAGAAUCACUGGAUCCAUGUCCAUCAUGAUGGGCAACAUAUGUAGUAUUUAUGUGAUGGAGGAGGAACUCCAGACAGUUCUUUUGGGAUUCCUCUUCUAAUAAUAGAUUUAAUUUCUUUAUGUAGCAUUAAAAUUGCACAUACUACACAGCAUCAUUUAUCAUGUGUAUCAGCAAGUACAAGUGCUGAUGUCGGCCCCAGAGAUGGCUCUUGAAAUCCUAACCAGAUUUUAAUGUCACACAAAAUUAGUAAAUAAUAUGUAAUCUAUUACAGCUUCAUAAUUCAGACUGUCAAAAUUUAAAAUGUAGAAAAAAAAAUUUCUUAUAAAAUGUUCGUUGGCUGUAAAUUGAAGAAAUGUUUUAUAGUUGUGUUACAGAACGAUAAAUUAAAAGUAUAAGACCAUAGGAUAAAAGAAAAAGAUGUAAAUAUGUAGAUGUGUGUACUGUAAUAAUAUCCAAGAAAAAGAUUUCUUCUACAACGAAAUUGUUAAGACUGAUCGAUAAAUGCGUGUGCUAUGUUCUCAAACAUUUAAACAACACAUGACUUAUUUCUACACACUAGCCUGACUGAGUUAUGCACCUGUGCAAGCCUGGACGGCCCAUAUUACACUCAAAAAGGGUGAAUUUAUACUCAACAUCUCACCCACUGUAAGCAGUCAACCAAUUUUAGAAUUGUUUUAGUUCUUACUUGGGUUCUGAUGGGAGCCAAUCCCUUCAGGCACUACUUCAGUCCGAGAGCCAGAAGCUCCUAAGCAGGAGCUUCCAUUAGCUCAAGGGAUAUAUAUUCCAUUAGGUUGGCUUGUUUGAUAACUGGAAUUGAGAAACAUUCAGGUGAAUGAAAGACAACUGAAACCCCAAAAUGUUCAAUGACCUAAAACAUGUUAUUGUUUCCACAGGUAGCAGGUUUUGGUGGUUUCCUGCAUUGCCCAUUAGGCAGACUAUGUAUGGGAUUCAAUCACUUACUUUUACCAGUGUCUACUGGAAGUUCUCCUCUUGUAUCAACUGCGGCAGUAAAAGAGGAAACCGAGUUUAUUUCAGGUCCAAAACUCAACGUGCAGGUGGUUAUUGCUCAAAGUAUGAAAGGGAGUCCUGAGGAGACAAUGCAAUUAAAGGAAGAGGUUCUGGUGGUCAUUGCUCAAAAGGCAGGCAUUAGAAGGUAAGAGUUGCAUGUAGAGAAGAUAUUUACAAACGUAUCUUAAGAAAAGUGGUGUACAGCUGUAAAAGUAAUCACCAGAAUGUUCCCGUGGGGACCUCUAUCUGCAACUUUACAAAAAUUAACCACACAGGUUAUUACGGAUGUGAGAAUUCAAUCCGAAUAUCACAUUUAAAGAGACACGGUCAUGGCUGCUCACUGUUUAAAAAGUAACUAGCCCUCAUGGUGGGGCAUCUAUUAACUAGCGGGGGACAUAGUGUUAUACCCCCAGGCUCCCAACCAUGAGCGGCGGGUGGGGGCCCUAAAAGACAAUGAUGGGGGGGGGGGAGACCUAUUGUCCUCCCCCCCCGGCACCCACGAGCGGUAAGGCACACUAUUUACCUAUCAGAACACUCUUAUUGGCGACGGGUGGGGACCGGACAAUAGGAACCCUCCCAUUAUCAUUUAGAGCCCUCCCGCCACUCAUGGAUGGGGGCUGGGGGGGUGAAUAGGGCCCCCCAUUUUCAUUUAGGGCCCCGAACCAAAGCUCACGGGAGGAGGACAAUAGGCCGCCCCCAUUGUCACUUAGGGCCCCACCAGCCAGACACUAUGUACCCCCACGUUAGUUAAUAGAUGCCUCACAAUGGGGCCAUUUAUUGGGGGUGCUUUAUUUUUUACAACAGUGAGUAGCCACAGGUUGCUCACUGUUUACUAGACAUGCCCCUACUCGCAAUAUAGCAAGUAGGGGCAUAUUAAUUACUAAUACUAAGUAAUCUUUACAUAGUAUUAGUAAAGUUGGCUGAAAGACCAAUCUUGGUCUUUCAGCCUUUUAGUAAAAUAGCUCCCUAAUUCUCAUGGUAUUAGGGAGCUAUCUACUAAGUGACUGCAAGAUGUAGUUGCAGCACGGAUCGGACCGAAAUUUCAUUAAUUCGAAUAAAAUUUCAAACCGACCUAAAAGUACUGAAUGUCGUCCUAACAUGAAUGAACAAACUGUUCUCAUUCUAAAUGACAGGACGUUCGGGAAUAGUGAAAUCGGGCAUCGCGAGAUCACAGAGGUAAUGGGGAGUAUUGUGGGGAAAUUUAUCUGACCAACUUGAGCUGAUCAAGUGUAGGAAAUACACAUAACAAAAUAGUCCCUACUGUGUCUUAUAUUUUAAAGAAAACUAGAGCGUUCAGGAAGAAACGGAUAACAGAUCCUGAGAGAGGAAGCGAGAAUAGGAAGCGAUUAGGAAAAGGUAAGUUCAGCAUGACAGUGCCGCUUUAAGGAGACAAUAGCCAAACUGUAAUCAUAGCCAACUUGUAAUUUUUCCAGUUCGACUAUUGAGUUUUCAAAUUUGAAAUUCAGUAAGCUUUCCUGUCAAGCUUCAAUUUAGUGACUAACCACAAAAGUUACUUUAAAUUGUAGAGACAUUCAUCUACUCUGUAGAAGGGAAGCAGUAUUUGGUUUAGGAGCACUUUAUUACUUAUUAAAGAAUACAUUUUUAUCUUAGGCUGUUCCAUUUUAACUACAAUAGUACGAAGCAUUUCUAAUUGUACCCAUGUAAAUCUUUGACACAUGACAUGCCCACUGGGUAACAGGGGGGACAUUAUAAGAUUAGAUACGGUCUGUAAACAACUCUCUGAUUUAGGCCUUAAUUCAAUAUUUUUAAAUAAGCUUAUUUCAAAAGUUUAUCCAAAAAUAUUAAAUCGCUUGAAAAUCGCAAAAAUACUAAAACCGAUGUGUUCGCAAGAUGCAUUAAAAAAAUUACAAGAGCUUAGUUUGAAAUUAUUCUAUAUGAAUCUACUACAAACUCAGUUAAACAAAAACUUAUUUUUUUUUUUUACAUACAUAUUUGUAAAUAACUUACAGUCAAUAACAGCUUGCUCUUGCACCACUGAGGGCAGCCAUCUUCAUAUCCUCUUUGGAUAGAAACAAGCCUUCACAAAAUCAGGAGUCAUGCACUAGACAUGUCUGAACUCAUUUCAGCCUUUCAAAUAGUGCACCUUUUUCGUAGAAAUGUGAUUGUAAAAGAGGGUUUAAAGAAUGUUUCCUCCAGAGCAAGAGUAAACCAAGAAAUACAAUUAAGAGAGAGACAUUGUGUUUUAUUUUAAUAAAAAUAACGAUCAGUUUCCCUUUAUCAUAAGGAGUUGAAAAUACAAUUGCACAUAUACGCUGUGAUUUUCUGCUAAAGUCUUUUUCAGGAACAAGUUCACUACCCUGGAUUUAAUUGUUUACACAUUAACAAAUCUGAUUGUGAGAUUGGAAGAAAAAAAAAUAAAAAAAAAAAAAUGAAGAAAUUGUCACCAUUAUAUUCUGAAACGGAGUACCUCCAUCUUUGCUUUCUGUCAGUCAGUAAGCUUUGCCUCUUGUCUUUUAAGAUCGUAUAUGUAAGUGGAAAAAAAGAGAAGCAAUUUUUUAUUUCUCCUCUUCCCACACACUGUGUGCCCUGUGUGUGAAAGUGGAAAUGGAAGCAAGAGCACACUUAUUUUCAAUACUUUUAUUUACUUUAGGUUUUCCUUCUCAUGCUUAUCUUUCCUCUCCUCAGAAAAAAAAUAAAAUGGGGAGGAGGGGGCAAUUUUAACCCCUUAAGGACUUCUGGAAUAAAAGGUAAUCAUGACAUGUCACACAUCAUGUGUCCUUAAGGGGUUAAGUAGUCUUGUAAAAUUGAAACCUUCUUGUGCGCAUUGCUCCUUAAUCUGUAUUUUUCCUCACUUGCCACCUCCCCAAUGUCUUUAGUGUUAACCAAGGUGUCUUUCACUGGAACAUUUUAGUAAUAUGGUGUGUUAUGAUUUUAUAUUACUUUUAUUUCACUUGAGUUCUGUCAAGACUUGUCACACUUUAUUGUGGUAGAUUGGUACAUUUCACUACUUGUUUCUUUGUUACAACAACUGAUAUAUGUAAUUUGAAAACUCAACUUUACUUACCUUACCUUUUGACUCAACUUAAUUUCACCAACUAUAUUGUAAGUAAUGAAGGUAGAAAUGAACAGGGAAAUCCUUGCACCAUAACAUAUGUAAUAAGAAGUUUUUGUUGCUUGGAGCAUCACUUGAAAUAUUUAAAAGGGAAGGAAGAGCAGUGCAUAGCUUCAACAUUUCCAGAAAUCAUGUUUGUAAAUUGGUGAAUUAAAAUGUAUCUCUUGGGGUGGCGUGGUCUGAUAGCCAACCUGAGUCAGUUGCACAUAGUUGGAGCUCCUCAGACUAAGCCUAUAAUUUUUCUUGUAAAUCUACAUUCUUAGUCUUAUGUUCGUCUAAAAUGUAUACUUCCUGAGGAGCACUCUGUCGGGUGCUUGGUCUGAGCCUUGCUGGUUGUGGUGGGUAGGGAUCUUAUCAGACUACCUUGAAGUCUAGGGGAGAAUCUGAGGUGGAGGAGGUGGCCGAUCAUCUGCAGUGGCUUGAUCCCUGACUGGCCUUGGUCCUCUUUCCAACCGCAGACCAGUGGGAAUUAUCCCUGACCCCCCCCAGAGGAGGCUGUUAGUCCGUUCAGAUCACAAGAUGCCGUUGGGGCCAGCGGUUGAUUGUUCCAGGAUUGCCACUUAGGCCAUGUUGCAGGGCUUUUGGCUAUCUAUGGCUGCAAUAUUAGCAACCUUUUGAUCACAUCAGAGACAAGUUUUAAGAUGAGCUGUCUUUGCACCAAGACCUCUUCAAACCUGUUAUUUACCCUUUGGAGCAUGCACCAACAUGCGGCUUGGAGGAGGAUUAUUGGGGCCUGUACAGGGCAAAAACGAGGCACACAACAGGGUGCUUCCAUGGCCGAAAGUCAUUCGGGCAAAGCCCUCAAUACAUCCGCCCACAUAUGCUGCAGACAACAAACAGAAUAUGCCAGGGUCUCUUUGCACAUCCCCAAGGGGAUGGAACGGUCCACAUUGCCUUGCCAGGUGCAUGGAGGACUGGUGUUAGUCCCUGAUUGUGCUCUGGAUUGGCGUGGAUGCGGUCCUGAGCCUGAUAAACCUGCCUUGUUGUGGUAAUCCUGUGCAAAUCCUCGCAUCUUACCUAGCCUGGGCAUAGGAUGACUGUCUCAUAUCCUUGAGCAAGCUUGCUUGAUAUUGGUACUUCAUGUAGCAUGCAUUCAGUUAUUCUCCUGCUGAUUUUGGGAGGCUUCCCUGUGGUUAAUGUAUCUUUAUUCGGAAACACUGUGUAGAUAUAUGUCUUUAUUUACUCUCUUUGGUUAUUUAGACACUUUGCUGUUUAUGUACACUACUGUACUUCAUUUAUUUCAAAAUGUGCAGAUUUACUGUUUUGUGAAGUUUGCAAUAUUUACCAUCUCUUUUGCUAUUCUGGCAUAUUGUGCUAUAAUGUUGCACUGUUAUGUCAUUGCACUACAAAAAAAAAAAAAAAGUAUCUCGUUAAAGAAUAUUUUGAAAGUGGAGGUGCAAAAUUGAAAAACAAUAUUUUUGUUUCUACAGAUGUCUCCUACAAGGCACUCCAAGGACAGAUCUAGUCUUCUCUAUCUUUAUAACAGCUGUGGGUUCUGAAGACUGCCCUGGACGUAAUUUAGAUACACCAUCUCAUUUAGCUCUGCUCAAACUAGCCUGUUCUGGAACUCCAUCCAUAAUGUACAAUUCAUCUAAAUUUUCAACAGUUCUCAUCAGGUCAGAUAUCAACACAAACAUAUCUUUAUUGUCCCAUGUAAUGUCUUUGUUUACAGUCUCACUAAAACUUUUUUUACACAGAGAAACUUUUUCUGAAAUCAUUUUUUGUCAUUUAACAUUUUGAUUAACGGGUUGUUUGCUUAUUUGAAAUCGUAUGUAAAACCACAUUGAACCAUUUUACAAAAAUCAUCACAUAGCUCACAACAGUUUCCAUUAUUUCUUCUUUUUCAGGAUUUUGGACUACAGUUGCCCCACUUUAAACCCAAAUGUGGAUACAAAUACUUAUCUGACAUGGGCCUGUUUAGGUGCACUUUUCCCCAUAAUAUUUAUUCUCAUGCUCGCAUGGAAAAGACACAAGAAGCAAUCUCUGAUAGUGCACGAUAUUUAUCAAUCUCAGGUCGUAGAUGAAGAUAUUCUGACACAACAGAAGGGAACAACUUGGUGGUGUUGUAUGGCAUAGGAAAGAAUAUUGUUGCUCAUUUAAAUUAAUUCCGCUACAAAGUUCAUUUGUAUAACGAGUACAAAGUAUUACUUAAAAAAAUAAAAAAAAAUAAAAGAUAUAUACAUAUAAAAAAUUCUUGCACUCACGCUGUUUUGGUAAAUGCCGGGUGCCAAAGCAUACUGGCUGGUUCACAUAGAAUAUCCACAUAUGUCCUUUUUUUGCUCCUGAGGAAAGCCCAACAUGGGGCUGAAACGUUGAUCUUUUUUAAGGUAUACCUAAUAAAAGAGUUUUGAAUAAGACCGUGAAGUGCAGCCUUUCUUGUGGAUAUUAUAUAUAUAUAUAUAUA